ACUUCUACUAUAUCUAAUAUUUUAUCUGUUAGCAUAAGUCUCUUCCUCCUCCUAUCGUUAUCCAUUAUUAUUUCUCCCUAAGCUCCCCGUCCUCUGCAACACAAUUAAACUAUCGAUCCCAUUUGACUACAUCAGUUUUGUAUCACUACCACACCAAUCUCCCCUCCGCACACACAUUUCUUGUUAUUUUAUAUAAAAAAGGAAAAAAAAAAACUGUAUUAUUAUCAUACUGUGAUAUAUAUUUUUACCAUCGUCCAACAACAACUACCUUUUUUGUUUUUUUUUUGUGCUGAUUUUGGGUUAACUUUAGAUCUGUACUGUACGUGGAUUAAAGGCUAGAAAGUCUUAGUAAUGGGAAAUGCAAACGGUAGAGAGGAAGGAGAGAGAGACGACGGAGAAGGGUUAGAAAACGGUGAGUCGUCGUCGGUGAUUGGAAGUGGGGCGUCGAGUACACGGACGUCGGUUUCAAUAUUGGCUACUAAUGAUCAUAAUCAUAGAAAUAAUAUUCCUCCUGAUCAUGCUCCUGCUCGAUCCACAUCGCCUUUCUUGUUCGCUCCACAGGUUCCUGUUGCUCCCUUGCAGAGGCCUGAUGGCCCCCCUUCUUUUGAUCAGAUGUGGCAGAAUGAGUCUCCUGAGGUUGGUGAUGAAGGCCAACCCCCUGAGCAAGGAAUCCCUACAAUUAUCACAUGGAGCUAUGGAGGAAACGAUGUGGAUGUUGAAGGAUCAUGGGACAACUUUACAUCAAGGAAAAAGUUACAAAGAUCUGGUAAGGAUCAUUCUAUUCUUAUGGUCCUCCCACCAGGCAUAUACCAUUGUAAGUUCAUAGUGGAUGGAGAGUGGAGAUAUAUUCCAGAUCUUCCUGUAGUGACUGAUGAAAUGGGCUGUGUAUGUAAUCUUCUUGAUGUUCAUGAUUUUGUGCCUGAAAACCUUGACACUGUGGUUGAUUUUGAGGCUCCACCAUCUCCAGACUCCACUUACAGUCAAGCAUUUCCAGCUGAGGUUGAUUUUGCGAAGGAGCCUUUAGCAGUUCCACCGCAGGUACAUCUAACAGUCCUUGAUGAAGCUUCUUCUUCCAAGCCUCGACAUGUUGUGCUGAACCACCUUUACAUUGAGAAAGGUUGGGCAUCUCAGUCUCUAGUUGCUCUUGGACUGACUCAUAGAUUCCAAUCCAAGUAUGUCACUGUUUGCCUUUUUAAGCCACUCAAAAGGUAGCACCCUCCCACUUUCCAUCUGUGACUCUGUGAAGGAAUCACUUUCACGAUACAGUUCCUUUAGGGUUUUCUCUGUUUAUAGAAUUACUCAAGCUUUACAUGUUUUAUGUUGUAGUUAAAUUUUCUUUCUUUCAAGCAUUCCUGUUUCCUCAAUAUUAUUAUCAGGAAGGUCCCCACAGUUUAAAAAUGAGUUAUAUACAUUAGUUAUCAGAUUCUUUUAUUGGAACCA